AUGUUUUCAUGGCUUCCCUUCAGCUGUGUCCUGCUACUGCUGCAACCACUACCUGCAAGGUCCUUGGAAAAUGCUUACACAGCUGAGGUCGGGAAGAAUGCCUAUCUGCCCUGCAGAUACGCUGUACCUGCCUCUGGGACACUCGUGCCUACCUGCUGGGGCAAGGGAUCCUGUCCUUUGUCACAGUGUGCCAGUAUGGUGCUCAGAACGGAUAAAGUGAAUGUGACAUAUCGGAAAUCCAGCAGAUACCAGCUAAAGGGGAAUUUCUAUGAAGGAGACAUGUCGCUGACCAUAGAGAAUGUGACUCUAGCUGACUCUGGGACCUACUGCUGCAGGAUACAAUUCCCUGGCCCAAUGAAUGAUGCAAAAUUAGAGCUGAAAUUAAGCAUCACUGAACCAGCCAAAGUCAUCCCAGCUGGGACUGCUCAUGGGGAUUCUACAACAGCUUCUCCAAGAACCCUAACCACUGAGGGAAGUGGCUCAGAGACGCAGACCCUGGUGACCCUCCAUGAUAACAAUGGAACAAAAAUUUCCACAUGGACCGAUGAAAUUAAGGACUCUGGAGAAACUAUCAGAACUGCUGUCCACAUUGGAGUAGGCGUCUCUGCUGGGCUGGCCCUGGCACUUAUCCUUGGUGUUUUAAUCCUUAAAUGGUAUUCCUCUAAGAAAAAGAAGUUGCAGGAUUUGAGCCUUAUUACACUGGCCAACUCCCCACCAGGAGGGUUGGUGAAUGCAGGAGCAGGCAGGAUUCGGUCUGAGGAAAACAUCUACACCAUAGAGGAGAACAUAUAUGAAAUGGAGAAUUCAAAUGAGUACUACUGCUAUGUCAGCAGCCAGCAGCCAUCCUGACCGCCUCUGGGCUCCCGACUUUAAAGGCUCCCUUUCAUUUCUGACUUUGGUACUUUCCUUUUCGAAAACUAUGAGAUAAGUCACCUGGCAACCUCGUUGGAGGUUCUGUCCACAGCCACCAAGAAAAGAGUUCCUGUUUUCUGGGGAUAACGAACUCACACGGAGAUUCGCCUGUAACCUAUGCUACAUUGAAAUGCACCACUUUACCUGAGUGUCAGGGACAGGAUCUCCCAACCCAGAGACUGCACUCAUGGAUGUUGAAGCUCACAUGUGCUUCCUUACAUUAGGAAUGGCUAGUAUGAUAUCUCUGAGACAUUAAGGUUUGUGGUAUGUCCGCAAAGCUCCUGAACAGGUAGAGGGAAUAAAGGGCUAAGAUCGGUAGGUGCAGGUCUUUGUUGGUGCUCGAAAUCUAAAAAAGCUGGUGGUUUUCCUAGAGAUUUCUAACCUUGAAAGAUUCAGAGCCGGGUGGCAUAUGCUUAACAUUCCAUAACUUGGGAACCUCAGGCAGGAGGGUGGUGAGUUCAAGGUCAGCCGGGGCUGUGUUGGUGAGACUUUGUCUCAAAAACAAAAGAAGAAAAUAAACACACAGACACUGGAGACUGGAGAUAUGGCUCAGUGAGGUGCUUGUUAUAAAGCAUGAGGAACCUGAGUUUGGUCCCAGACCUGACAUAAAAAAGCUAGGCAUGGUAGUGCAUGCUUGUGAACUCCAGAGAUAGGGAGGUAAAGGCAAAACAGAUCCCUGGGGCAUGGUUGACGCCACCUUAGCCUAGAUGGUGAGUUGCAAGUCCGUGAGAGUCCCUGUCUCAUAAUAAGAUGGACCGUGUUCUUGGGGAACGUCAAUGGCGACUGUCCUGGGCUCUCAGCAGACAUGCGCAUGUACCUUACACAUGCGCAUGCGCACGCACAUGCGCACGCGCACAUGAGGUUACACGCAAACGAUUAAAAGAAAGGAAGGAUCAGAACAGGGCUAAAGGAUAGUGAAAGUUCUCUGUGUGCCUUCUGCCUCUCUAUAAUGUUUAUCUCUACAUGACUCUCCUCUGCCUCUGUUAAGACUGCCUCUGAACGGGAGCACUGAAAUGCAGACCUGUAACUAAUUCCAGCACCCAGAAGGUUGAAGCAGGAGCAUGGAGAGGUCAGGAGCAUGGUGUCCUACACUGCCAGACUCUUUUACACAAGAAAAACGUUGCCCAUAAGUGGCCUGCUGACUGCAAAAGGAAACUUUUUACGAAAGCUGCACCUUGCCUGCUGUGUGCUCAAAGGGAACUGACUCAGACAACUUCUCCAUUUCUGGAGGAAACUGGAGCCGUGUUUCUGACAGAAGAAGAACCGGUGACUGGGACACACGAAGGCAGACCUCUUGCAGCAAUCUAUAUAGUCAGCAAAAGAUCCUUUUGGUAGGACAGUGGUCACCAAACUUAAUUUCCAAGCUGGUGGAGCUCAGUUUCAUCUGGCUUACAACUGCUUGGCCAAGUGCCUUGGUCUGUGUUGGUUCUCCUAUAUAACAGAGUCAAUUAAAUAGACCCAGAGUGAAAAUA